AUGGGCCUUGAUGAGGCCCUAAGAUAUAUUCGUGUUGCUGCUGCUGCUGCACCAUUUGCUGCUCAAACUCCAAAGGAGGGGGAGGAGCAGCAGCAGCAGAAACAGCAACAGCAGCAGCAGCAACGGGUUAAAGAGAAGCAGCAGCAGCAGCGGCAGCAGCUGAGGUGUCUGCAGGUCUCCCGACCCCGUCGCAAUGGUCUACAGGAGAUUGAAAUGCAGGAGAAGCCGCAGCAGCAACUCAACAGCCCUAAAGCAGCAGCAGCAGCAGCAGACAGCAGCAGCAGCAGCAGCAGCAGCAGCAAUAUAACACCUAGCGAGCAAUGGCUGCUGCAGCGCAUGCAACGAUUCCCUAUUACUAAUAAGAUGAUAGAAGCAUUAGAAGCUGCUUAUGAUGAACAAAGGCCAUGCAAGCUACUUAUUGAGCCAGGACCCAAGGGAGGGGGUGUGCGUUGGCGAGUUGUGCCUGAUGUCCCUAAGGGACAACCAAGUGUCUCCUCUGUCCCUAUUAAUAUAAUAGAUAAUUAUUUCUCCUCAGAAGACAGACACAGCAGCAGCAGCAGCAGCAGCAGCAGCAGCAGUACCUGCUGCAGCAAGCGCAACAACUAG